AGGAAAGCGAUACUCGUUUUGCAUGAAUUGGUUGAAUCAGGUUUCGGAGGGUUCAAAAGUUAACUGAGGACCUGAUUUCUUCUGAAACUGCGCGUCCUCGCCGCAGUUGUAUUCGGCUGGCCUGCGCCCGGCCCCUGGCUGCUGAAGCAGGGCGGCCAGAGCCGGUCCUCUCUCUCCCGCUCUCUGGAGCCAGCUGAAAACCUCUGUUAAUCAUGGAACCAUACUUUGGUUUCAAGCACAUGCAGCAGGACUGUGGAGUUCAUCUCAAACUUGCAAGUGAUGAGGCACAAAAAGCUAGAAAUGCACAAAACUCCAAAGCAGGAUCUUAUGGUGUCAGUAUCCGAGUCCAAGGAAUUGAUGGUCAUCCAUACAUAGUGCUGAACAACACUGAAAUGGGGUAUUUGUCAGAAAAUCCUCCUUUAUCUGAAAAUGGGCAACAAGUUGCAUCUCAGACAGAUGAUGGAUCAGCACCAAUCUACAGUACUACUCUCAAACUGGGUGAGAAAACUAGUGAAGAGCCAAAAUGUCGUGAAACGCAAGACACACACUACAGUGCACUUAAAACCUUGAAGCAGAGUAUUCGCAAUGCAGAAGAGAAUGGAAUCCCAGAUUUUAGUGAUGGAACAUUAAAGUCCUCCAAUCUUUUGAACUUUCAAAAACACCCUGAGAUUUUGCAGCCCUAUGAUCCUGAAAAAAAUAAUUUGAAUUUCAGUAGUUAUCCACCUCCUGUGUGCAAUAAAUCUAAAGAUUUUAAAGAUGAAGGUAAGAUUGAAACAAAGCCUUGGGUUUCCUCAUCUAAACUGGUGUCUCUGCAGAAAACAAGCCCACAGCUUGUGGAGUCAACAAAAUCAAAUAUGAGAGUGAUACAUUUGAACAGGUCUGUAAUAGUAGAAGACCAAAAUAAGCAAGUGUCAGAGUGCCCCAGUACUAUUAGUAGUUCAGAUGACAAGCAUCCGUCAGAAUCACUUUUAUCUAAUGGAGGAUCCUCACAUGUUAGCCCUGCAGGCCAUCAAGAGACAAGAAAACCUAGACCAGAUGUUCUUCCUUUUCGCAGACAAGAUUCAGCUGGACCAACACUGGAUGGGUCACAAAGAUCAUCAUCUUCAUCAACCACUCCUACUUCUGCAAAUUCCUUGUAUAGAUUUUUACUUGAUGACCAAGAGUAUGCUAUCUAUGCGGACAAUGUUAACCGUCAUGAAAACAGAAGGUAUAUCCCAUUUUUGCCUGGAACUGGCCGGGAUAUUGACACUGGGUCCCUUCCUGGAGUAGAUCAGUUAAUUGAAAAGUUUGAUAAGAAAAUUGGUUCUCAGAGAAGUGGUAGGUCAGGAAAAAGGAAUAGAAUUAACCCAGAUGAUCGUAAAAGAUCAAGAAGUGUUGACAGUGCCCUGCCUUUAGGCCUGGAGGUAAAUUCAGAUUACUUUGAUGAAUACAGUAAAAACUUGGGUAAAUCGACUGAACACUUGUUAAAACCAUCUAAAGUUUGUCUUCAUAAGCAGUUGUCUCAAGACCGAAAGUUUUCUUCAACUGAGGUACAAGCUGUUGCUCGAACUGUUGGAAAAUUGCAAGCAAGUGGUAAUAAUGUUCAGAACAGCCAGUUCAGUUCUUUGCAGCAUCACAAACCAAAUAAAGUGACUGGAGAGAAUUUAACUAUUAGAUCAUCCACACUUCCAGGACAGAAUAAAAAGGAAGAAGAUAAAACAGUAGCUUCUACUCUACUAUUGCCAAACCGAUUUACAACUCCCCUUGAUGCAGGAUCAAAGAAAAUUUCAGUAAAAACAUUUUCUUCUGCCUCUGGUACACAGGCAACUCCUGAUCUAUUAAAGGGCCAACAAGAACUUGCACAGCAAACAAAUGAAGAAACAGCUAAGCAGAUCCUUUACAAUUACCUUAAGGAAGGAAGCACUGACAACGAUGAUGCUACAAAGAGGAAGGUCAACUUGGUUUUUGAGAAAAUCCAGACUUUAAAGUCAAGGGCUGCUGGAAAUGCACAGGUUUCUGAUUCUUCAGCUGAAAUAAAAACAUUGUUGGAACAAAAAACAGAAUUGGAGAGGAAAAUUGAAGAGCUACAGAAAAAGUUGGAUUUAGAAAUUAAGAAUCAGCAAAAUACAAAAGAAGAAAGAGAUGCUAUGAGAGCAACCCUGAAUGACCUUCAGUUGCAACUUGAUGAAAAUAUUCAAGAAAAAGAUGCCUUAAGACAGCAACUAAAGGAAAGUGAGGUGGAACUCCGGGACAACCUCGAAGAACUCUUUCAAGUGAAGAUGGAACGGGAACAACACCAGACGGAAAUCAGGGACCUCCAAGACCAACUCUCUGAAAUGCAUGAUGAACUGGAUAAUGCAAAACAUGCUGAUGAUGAGGAGAAAGAGGUUCUGAUUGAGGAGUUGAUGCAAAUGAAGCAGGAUCUGCAAGAAACGCUGAUGGCAAAAGAACAACAGGAAGAAAUAUUGAGGAAGAGAGAGCGGGAGUUGACUGCUUUAAAGGGAGCACUAAAGGAAGAAGUGUCUAGCCAUGACCUGGAAAUUGAUAAACUUAAAGAACAGCAUGAUAGAGAACUGCAGGAUCUAAGACAGAUUCUGGAGGAAGCAAGAAAGAAUGCUGCUGCCCUGGCCAAUGGAAAAGUCUUUGCAGAGCAGAUGCAAAAUGCUGCUGAAAAUGUAGUGAAGGAGCAAGCAGAGGAGAAUGAGCAACUGAAGAGAACAAUUAAAGAGCUAGAAGGCAAAAGUAAAGACCUCCAUCAACAAAUUGAUCAUUUGAACAGAGAACAAGAGAUAAUGAGAGAGAAAGUAAAGAGAAAUGAGAAAGAAAAGCAACAACUAGAAGAUGCCCUGCAGUGUGCUAGGAAUGAGGCAAAGGAGCUGGCACUGGUGAAAAGGUCUUUAGAAAACCAGGUGGAUGAUAUGCAAAGAAACUUCAGUAAUAUUUCUAAGGACCAGCAACAGUUAAGCGAACUGUUAAAAGAUGAAAUUAACCAGAAGGAACAACUGAAGAGGAUAAAGAAUGAAAUGGAAAAUGAACGAUGGCAACUAGACAAGACCAUUGAGAAGUUACACAAGGAGAUGGCUGAAAUUGUAGAGGCUUCCCGGACAUCCACUUUUGAGUUUCAGAAUCAACUUGAUGACUGUAAGGAGAAAAAUUGCAGAGAACUUACAGAAAUGCAGAGACAAUUAAAAGAGAAAAGCCUUGAGGUAGAAAAAUCACGCCUGACAACCAUGACAAUGCAGGAUGAGAUGCAUCUUAUGGAAGAGGAUUUACGGAAUCACCAGAGAGCCCAGGAUGAGGCAAUUACAAAAAUCCAGUUACUGGAACAGACUGUGAAAGGCCUGGAAUAUGAACUGGAAGCCAGAAACCAUUUGAAAGAUGAUCGGGCAAGACAGAUGAAACUAAUGGAGGAGAAGAUGUCUCAGUUAGAACUUGAACUUGAUGAAGAAAGAAACAACUCUGAUUUGUUGUCCGAGAGGAUCAGUAGAAGCAGAGAACAGGUACUUGACAAGUGGGCAAAAUGUAUGCAGCUGAGCUAUGGUGUACCAAUGAAGAAAAACAGUACAUAA